CAGUUACGGGCUCGUUACAGAGCAUAUUGUUGUGCUGCGGUUACGGGCUUGGAGUCUAUAAAAUUGCAUCCUUGACGACCCCGUUUCCCUCACCGCACCUAGCAUUGCAGUCUUGCGAGGAAGCAAGGAAUAGCCAGAGCUAGUCGUUGUUGCUUCUUGGGGAAGAUCGGAGUUUUGUUUUGAGAGCUGGGAAUGGCACCGGCCACGUCUUUCCCGAUCAUCGACAUGGGGCUGCUCGCCGGGCAGGAGAGGCCGGCGGCGAUGGGCAUGCUGCGCGAUGCGUGUGAGAACUGGGGCUUCUUUCAGAUCCUGAACCACGGCAUCUCGACGGAGCUGAUGGACAAGGUGGAGCGGCUGACCAAGGACCACUACAAGCGGGUGCGCGAGCAGCGGUUCCUCGAGUUCGCCAGCACGGCGCUCCAGGACGGCGGCGGCGGCGCGAAGGCGGAGAACCUGGACUGGGAGAGCACCUUCUUCGUCCGCCACCUCCCGGAGUCCAACCUCGCCGACAUCCCCGACCUCGACGACGGGUACCGGCGCGCGAUGAGGCGGUUCGCCGGCGAGCUGGAGGCGCUGGCGGAGCGGCUGCUGGACCUGCUGUGCGAGAACCUCGGCCUGGAGAAGGGCUACCUCGCGCGCGCCUUCCGCGGGCCCAGAAAGGGCGCCCCGACCUUCGCCACCAAGGUCAGCAGCUACCCGCCGUGCCCGCGCCCGGACCUCGUGAGCGGCCUGCGCGCGCACACCGACGCCGGCGGCAUCAUCCUGCUGUUCCAGGACGACCGCGUCGCCGGGCUGCAGCUGCUCAAGGACGGCGCGUGGGUGGACGUGCCGCCCACGCGCCACUCCAUCGUGGUGAACCUUGGUGACCAGCUGGAGGUGAUCACCAACGGCAGGUACAAGAGCGUGGUGCACCGGGUGGUGGCGCAGUCCGACGGGAACCGGAUGUCCAUCGCGUCCUUCUACAACCCGGGCGGCGACGCCGUCAUCUGCCCGGCGCCGGCGCUGGUGAAGGCCGAGGAGGCCGCGGCGGCGUACCCCAGGUUCGUGUUCGAGGACUACAUGAAGCUGUACGCGCGGAACAAGUUCGAGGCCAAGGAGCCGCGGUUCGAGGCCUUCAAGUCCAUGGAGACGGAGAGCUCCAACCGCCGCAUCGCCAUCGCGUAACGACCGGGCAGGGUAUGCCGGAGUCGGGAGUCGUACGUGUCAGUAGCAGAUUGGAAUGUGCUGAAUAAAUGGGCCCGAUAGGCCUAUCGAGCUAGGGCACGAUGUGUUCGGCAUCCUCGCUGUGUCGUUGAUCGCUGUUGCUCUGCUCUCGACCAGCAUGUGUCGUAGUUGUGCCCGUAAAAGCCCGUUUUUGCGAGCCCCCUUGUGCGGUUCUGCCUGUGUUCUCAAGUUGCAGGACAGAAAUUUACAUUUUUUUUUGUAUUUUCGAAGAUAUGAGCCGUUCUGUCGAGAACAGAGCUUGUGGCGCGUCAGUACGCACAUCAACUUCUUUCA